GUACACCUCUUUCUUUCUCGCUCUGAUUUGCCUCACCAGGUCUAUCACUCUCUCUGUUUCUCUCUCUCCUCUCUCCUCUCCUCUUCUCGGUAUGGUGAGGAUGACUCUGGGAGCUCUGGCACUGUUUGUAGCUGUGUGUGGAGUGUCCAGUUUUGUGUUGCUGGGGGUGGCCAUAGGGACAGACUACUGGUACCUGAUAGAUGUCGCUCAGAGGGAAAACAUCUCCAACCUCUCUCUCAACUCACACUCAGGACUAUGGAGGACCUGCAACUCUCAGAACCUCUGUCAGCCAUUCGUCAACCCGUUUGAAGGCGGACAAAACCUCACAGACUCUUACAGACAACUUUUAAAUAUGCACGGGACAUUCAUGGUGUUGCUUCCUCUCAGCAUGAUCAUCAUGGUUGUCGGGGGACUGAUGGGUUUCAUCGGCCUGCUGGCCAGAGCUUACCUACUACUGCUGAUGACUGGUGUACUGUUACUACUGGGAGCUCUGUCCUCACUAACAGGGGUGAGUGUGUACAUGGCCUACUCUGCUGCAGUCUUCCAGGAGGCUCUGUGUCUGGCUGAGCAGAUGGGGGUCAAUAUGGAGGGGGUCCAGAUCCUGUUUGGCUGGUCUCUGGUCCUGUCCUGGAUCUCUAGUGGAACACAGCUAUUCACCUCCGCUGGCUUCCUGCUGGCCUGCAGAACCAUCACUACACAGAGACAGGAACUGAAAUUAUGAGACAUGGAGGAGGAGGGAGAGGGAGGAGGAGAGAGAGGGAGGAGGCUUCCUGCUGGCCUGCAGAACCAUCACUACACCGAGACAGGAACUGAACUUAUGAGACAUGGAGGGAGGGGGAGAGAGAGGGAGCGAGAGAAGCAGGAGGAGGAGAGAGAGGGAGGAGGAGAGGGAGGAGGAGAGAGAGGGAGGAGGCUUCCUGCUGGCCUGCAGAACCAUCACUACACAGAGACAGGAACUGAAAUUAUGAGACAUGGAGGGAGGGGGAGAGAGAGGAAGCGAGAGAAGCAG